CUCUCCACUGAUAACAACUGCUUCGUUGAUUUUCACAACAUCGUUUAGUCUUUCUUGAAGUGCGAGAAUUCUGGCUUCUUGUUGCUCGAUUAAAUACUUCAGCAACACAGCUCUCUUUUCCGAUUCUACAAUGGGAUUGACAGGAAGUAUGUACUACACGGACAAUGUCACUGUCAAUCCCAUUGUAGAAUCGGAAAAGAGAGCUGUGUUGCUGAAGUAUUUAAUCGAGCAACAAGAAGCCAGAAUUCUCGCACUUCAAGAAAGACUAAACGAUGUUGUGAAAAUCAACGAAGCAGUUGUUAUCAGUGGAGAGAAGACAUUUACCGAAACAAUAACCGUGACUAACACGCUUUCUACUAAUGUUACCACUGUGCAUGGCCUUAUUGACAGCACCAACAUUACUGAUCUUGCAGGGAGACAUUGGAGCAAAAGUACCGAACAAAUUCUUGAAGGCCAUUAUACAUUCACCGAAAACGUCACCUUCGCCCAAAAUCUGAGUGUGAAUGGCUUUGUUAAUGGAAAGAAAAUUGAAUCGUACAUGACAACUAACACAGCACAACAUAUCACAGCGUCAAAAGUAUUCGGAAACGACUUGUUACUUAAAAAUAAUGUCACCUUGUCAAAUUUCACUCUUGACGGUUACCACGUUCCUGGCGAUUUUGUUACUACGGAUGGAUUCAUAGGCAUAACAGGCUAUAAAAACUUUGGUUCUGUAAUUUUCAACGGCGUAUUGCAAGUCGACGGCUAUUUGGAUGACGUUAACGUUACUAACUUUUUCAACAACAAAAUGACCCCGGAUACUAACCAAACUGUUUCAACUUAUAUAGUAUUCGACGAAGGUUUCGUUGUCGAUUCCAAUAUUCGCGUGGAUGGUUUAGUGGACGGUAUCAACAUAACUGCUUUAAACGAAGAUAUUUUAUUGGCUGGAAAACCGCAAGUCAUAACAGGUGCAAAAACUUUCAAAUCUGUAAAUGUGAAAGGCCAUCUUAAAGUAGAAAAUAUUAACGGAUACAACUUGUCAGAUGCCAUGACCUUGACUACUGAACAGCUUGUUAAGUCGGACAUGACAUUUACGACUAAUGUUACUGUAAACGGUAAUUUAGUCACAACUUCAACAAUCGACGGAUUGGAUUUGUCUGAGGAUGCCGUCACUCUUACUGGACCACAGUCAAUCGGCGGUCACAAAACAUUCCGAGUUGGCGUAACAAACGUUAAUUCCAACAUUGUAGUGACGGGCUUCGUUGAUUCUGUUAACUUGACAAAGUGGGAAAAACUGGCUGUCUUAAAAGGCAGUGGAGUAUCUAUCACCGGUCAAAAAACUUUCGUCGGUGGUAUUAAUGUUACUACUAUGUUAAAAGUGCUUUCCAUCAACGAUGUGUAUUUGCCUACUCUAAAAGACGACUUGAUUUCUCUUUCUUCAAACGAAAACCUUUACGCUCAAUUCGUUUUUGAAAACGUUAUUGUUAAGGGCAACCUUGCCGCAAAUGGUGAAAUCGGCAGCUAUCAUAUUCCAGACGACUUCGUAACUCUGUCAACUGCUCAAACUAUUAGAGGUAUGACAACGUUUAAGAAAAUCGUUCAUGUAAACAAAAUGGUCUAUUCCAACGGAACGAUCAAUGGAGAAGACUUUUUAGCGUUUUAUGAAAAUGCUGUUAAGAACGGAAGCGAAGAUACCAUCUACGGAAACAUCAUCUUUCAGGACGAUGUCACAUUGCUUAAAGACGCCGAGGUGGCUGGACAGGUGAACAACUUGACCAUUCCUACCGACGUUAUUACUCUGACAACGCAGCAGAACAUCACCGGCGUUUUGACUAUGACAGAGGAUACCGUCUUUAAAGAAAUUUUGGACGCUUACAUCAUUCAUGUCGAUGGGACUGUAAAUGAGAUCGACAUUUACGACAUGGAACAAAAUGCUGUUCACAAGGACCGAAACCAAACUAUAAAUGGAAGCAUUGUAUUCGUGUCUGGCAUCGACUGCAAGCAAAACUUGUCUGUAGCAGGACUCAUCAACGGCGUAAAUCUAACUGAGCUUUACAACACCACCGUGAGAAUAUCAAAAGAUCAACGUGUAUAUGGCGAGAAACGAUUUCUUGAUGACGUUGAGUUCCACCAAACUGUUACCUCACCUGGUUUAGUCAACAAUGUAAAUUUGACAGAAAUAGAUAAAAACAUUAUGAAGUCAUCUGGCAAUCAAACAUUAAAUGCUAACUUCAUAUUUCACAACUAUAUUCACAUUAUCAAUUUAAGGACAUCGAACAACUCCUGGAUCAACGAUGUUAAUUUCCACCACUUCCUAAAUUCUGCGCUGAGAUCCAACGGAACCAACUUCAUUAACGGAAGCGUUCAAUAUGACCAUUUGCAUGUAUCAAACCUCGUUACCAAUCUAUUUGCAGGCGUAGACCUCACCAAUAUCUUUUUGAUCAGUGGUAAUCAAACUGUCCUUGGCGACAUAAACUUUUCAUCCAUUAAGACGAAAAAUGUUUAUGCUACAAACUUGAUCGACAGUGUCAACAUCACGGAAUUGAAGACCAAUACGGUCGAGAAGAAUAAAGAUCAAACACUGAAUGCCAUGUACACUUUUGAACGAAAUGUGCUUGUCAACAAUAAUCUUACAGUGAAGGGACGCAUUAACAACAUUGAUUUAGACGAGUAUAACAAUUCUGCUGUCCAUCUCACAUCUGACGAAACGAUAACGGGUGUAAAAACGUUUAAGAAUGUAACAUUCCAAAAUGUCACCUUUCUCGGACUAGUCAACGGUGUCAAUAUGUCGCUCCUAACAGAUGACGUUCUUACUAAAACCGGUGACCACACAAUUUGCCAACCAACUACUUUCGAAAAUUCAGUCAUUGUAAAUGGAACUGCUAUUGUUUCAGAUAACGUGUUGGUCAGUAGCUUGGUAAACGACAUCAACAUCACUGCUCUUAGCCAGUCUGCAGUUAGACUGAAUCAGUAUCAAGUUCUGAGCGGUUCAUAUCACUUUCAAGGUGGUUUGGAAAUUGGCACCAAUUUAACUGUAAAUCUCUUGAAUGGUAUCAGCACAAACCAACUUAUGAAAACGCAUGGGGACAAAAAUAUCUCGAAUUUUUUCCAAUUUUCUGACAUUGAUGUGAGCGGAAACUUCGACGUUACCACAUUAAUCGAUGGUGUGGAUGUUGCGAAACUUAAUGACGACAGAUUCACAUUGAACACUGAUCAGACUGUAUCAGGUAGUAAAUCCUUUUCAAAUGUUAUCAUUAAAAACAUGAUUGAGUUUCCAAAUGGUUCUACCGUUAAUGACAUCGACAUAUCCGAACAUUUGUUCCAAGCUAACGACACAUCGAUUAUCAAUGGCCACAAAUUGUUUACCAAUGUAUCAGUUACCGGAGAUGUUACUACUACUACCGGUGUAGUGAACGGUGUCGACCUCCACAGCUUCAACCUCAAUGCAUGGAAAACCACCAAUGACGGCGAACAGUUUAUCAAUAUGGAUCAAACCUUCACGAAAAAUCUGACUAUUAUAGGUAACAUGACUGUGAAUGGCUUGGUAAAUGGAAUCAAGAUAGGGGAAGUUGGGAACUACACUGAUGCAGUUAAUGAAGAUAUUAAAUCUGGUUUACUGAUGUUAAGCACUCAAGCCACUUCGUUAUGUACUUCGACGGAAACUCUGGUGCCUGUAUCGGAAAACCAAAAAUUUCUUAGUGGUUUCGAGAAAGUUGAUGUCAAAUCCUUUUCUGCUGAAAUUCUGGGAUCGCUUCAUUCCACCGUUUUGAACGACACAGUCUUCAUCUCUGUUGCUCGAGCACAAGGUGCUGGUUGCGGACCAGCGUAUGUGCUGAAAUGUACACAAGAUUUACAAUGCUUCGUCCUGCAAACUAUAACAACGAACGCCCAAAUACUUGAAUUUUUUAUCUAUAAUACAUUCACUGCCCUCCUUGUAUAUCAUUCGUCGUCAGGAGUAAACGAAACUCUUCGAUGUAAGCAGGAGCCGGAAGUUUACGUUUGGGACAACACUUCUUUUGUACCCUAUCAGUCACUCAAUCAGGCAGUGCUGGAAACAGAACUUGCACCAAUAUUGAACAGCAGUACGAUCAUGUCCGAACAUUUCGAAAAAUCGUAUGGCCAAUCCAAGAAAUCGGAGAAGAAAAAUGGCAAAACUGAACAAUCUGUUCAAGUAAAGCAAUUUAAAGGUGAUAAAAAUGAUUUUCUUGCCGUUAAAGGAAACCAGGAUGGCUCGGAUUUUGUUGACGUGUUGACAAUAGAAGGAAAAGACAUCGCAUCCCUCAAGAAGACUCAAAGAAUUAAACUUAAGGAAAGUAAAAAACCAAAACACAUUUCUGUGGGUCAACUAAAAAAACAAGAGAGAGCUGUGUUAUCAGUAUCGGGUGGAGAAGACGUUACUCUUUUCGCGCAAAACAAGAAAACCAAUAAGUUUGAAUUUUAUCAGAAGUUACCAGUCGAAGCAACAAAAUCUCAACUGAAGGGUAUAGGUCAAAAAUCCUAUUUAUCCUUUCUCAGUCCGAAGACAGGAUUUGGCUUGUGUCCGUGGGAAGGCGUUUCUGGAUUUAAAAAUUGUAAGUCCUUACAAUUCACUGAUACAGAAAAUGUGGAAACCAUUAUAACCGAUAGUGGGGCGUACUCCGUUGCUACUACCAACAACGACCUGUUGAUUUUGAAAACUAUAUUCGAAGGUAACGACGACAUCUAUGCAAAUGAUGUGUGUUAAUUUAAUUUGAAAGGAAAUUUAUAAAUAAAUUUGUAUAAAAUUAUUUAAAGAAGAAUAUUCUAACCCCUUUUUUUACUGGU